GGAGACGCUGCCCGCAGCAUCCGGCGGAAGCAAGCGCUGGGUCCGCCCCUAGGGGCGGAGCUUGCGACUGCGCAGCAAGGCUGGUUUGCCGGCGCCUUUCGGAAGGCUCGGAGGUUUGUCUGUCUGUGGAGGGUUGUCCGCCUCCCGCCCCCGGCCUGCUUGCCCAGAGGUGCCCACUGCCCGUGGCCAGAAAACGCCAGGAACCCGGGGUUCGCCCUGCCUCGAUGACAGCUGCUCUCCCGCGCACCCUGGAGCUGCUGCAGGACGUGCACCUGGGCCUGCCUGGGCCCUGCCAGGAUCCCGCCCGACUGGCCCUCCUCUCGGGCCACUACCUUUACUAUCACUACGGUUGCGAUGGACUGGAUGACCGUGGCUGGGGAUGCGGCUACCGCACCCUGCAGACGCUGUGCUCCUGGCCAGAGGGCCAGUCCUCGGGCGUGCCUGGACUGCCAGCCUUGCAGGGAGCCCUAGAGGACAUGGGCGACAAACCCCCCGGAUUCCGGGGCUCCCGUAACUGGAUCGGCUGUGUGGAGGCCAGUCUCUGCCUGGAACACUUCGGAGGACCUCAGGGGCGCCUAUGCCACUUGCCCCGCGGAGCAGGGCUUAGGGGAGAAGUGGAGCGGCUUUAUUCACACUUCACCGCGGGCGGGGGCCCAGUAAUGGUAGGAGGAGAUGCGGAUGCCCAGUCCAAGGCCCUGCUGGGGAUCUGUGAGGGACCCGGUUCCGAAGUCUAUGUCUUGAUCCUGGACCCACACUACUGGGGCACUCCGAAAAACCGUUGUGAACUACAAGCUGCUGGAUGGGUGGGCUGGCAAAAGGUAAACAGUGUCUUUGAUUCCAAUUCCUUCUACAACUUGUGCUUCACCAGACGCAACUGAAUCAACACGCCCCACCUGCACUGCUGGAUAGAGCCCAAAACUGAGACUGAGCACUGACACCUAUUUAUUUACUUCGCACAGGCCCCCACCGCGAUCAAGUUUGGGCCAGGCACAAUGAUUAUGGGCAGGUGAAUCUGAGUUCAAAGCCAACUUGGUCUACACAGCAAGUUCUACUAGGCCAGCUGGAAUUAGAGAUACUGUUCUGAAAAAUGAUAAUAAAUUGGCGGAAUUCAGCUUA